AGUCGUUCCAAGACCGUUGCCUAGUUCGUUUCACUAAAGUUUUUCAAACUAAAAAAAAAAAACAAUAAAAAUAACAUUUAUAAUAAUAAACAAAUAGUGUAAAAUAAAAAUUAAAAAAUUGUUUAAAUAAUAUCAAAAACAAACAAUGAUAAAUAAUUUUUGAAAAAAAUGUUCUAAAAAACAAGUGGAGCUUAAAAUUAUUUUUAAAAUAAAAAAAUUUAUAACUGAAUUGUUUCGUAUGAGUGAUUUCAAUGCAAGCUUUAUUGUUUUAAAAAAAAAUUAAUUAACAAAAUGAUAAUAUUAAAAUUUAUCAAUGAAUUUAAAAUUAUAAAUAUUUAUAAUUUUUUAAAAAUAUUAUUUAAUGAUUAAAUCAAUAUUUUGAUAAUUUUUUAAUUAUGUAAUUUAUUUAAAUAAUUGUCAUGGAUAAAAUACAAGUUUAUUUAAAUUUUAUUAAAUUUAGAAUAUUUAUUAAUUGUUUAAUUAAUAAAUUUUAUAUUUUAAAUUGAAAAAUUAAAACAUAAAAAAAUACUGUACAAAAAGAAAGACGUUCAGGUCUUUGGCAUUCGGUACACUUUGAGCUUUCACUUGAUUCAACGGACUGUGUUAAUGAAUAAUAUAAAAUAUAAUAAUAUUUUUUAAAAUGAAUAACAUUAAUCAGACUUGAUUUAAAUACAUGAAAAAUUAAUUUAUAAAUUUUCUAUUUUUUAUAAAUAAAAAAAAUAAAAAUUUCUAUUUUUUCUUUUUCUUAAAUUGUUUGUGGUGUCUAUAAAAUAAUAUUAAGUGCAUAUGUGGGUGUAUAGUGAUUUAUUAUUAUUAUUUAAAAUAUAAUAAAAAAUUAUUUAAAAAAAAAAAAAAAUUCCACGUGCCGAUUGGCAAAUGUAGUGCAAUGUACGUAGGAUGGAUUGUCGUCGCAGCAGCGACACUUCUAGUCCUCGGUGUGUAUGGUCAGUACAGUGACAACACACCACCAGUUGUUACACUUGAUCGUAAUUGGGUUUUGCCUGAUACUGAACCAGUUGGAAGUAUUGUAACAAGAGUACGUGCACAUGAUGCUGAACAAGAUGAUUUAAUAUAUGGACUUGAACCACUUGGUCAUAAAUACAAUGGUGAUGAUAGUCCACAACCACCAUUACCAUUUACAAUUGAUAAUAAAACUGGAACAAUAUUUCUUAAUGAAACAUUAAAAGGAAGGGGAGGAGAAAAUUUAUUUUUAUGGGUUACUGUAUCAGAUGGUCAAUUGACAGCCAAAACAGAAGUAUAUGUUAACAUUGAAAAUAAAUCAUCACCAAGUGGAGGACACACCAGAUCACCGUUUCCAAGUCAACAUGGAUCAGGUGGAAGAAUAAGACCUCCAAUACUUUCAUUACCAGCGAUAUCAAAUUAUCCAAGACCACCUCAAAUACCACCAAGCAGUAUAUCAAAUGAUAAUAUUGAUAAACCAACAAUACUACGUCCAGAAAAAAAAUUAAAUAAAGAUAUUAAUAUUGAUGAUGUUGCAUCAACAGCAUCAACAAUACCACCAACAAAAAUAACAAUAAAUAACAUUGAAAAUAAUGAAAUAAAUAAUGGAGCAAGUGUAUCGUCAAAUCAAUCACCACCAUCACAAGAAAUUGUCAUAACUUUGGUACCAAUAUUUGCUGUGUUUGCUUUGAUAUUGAUACUUGGUACAGCUUGGUGGAUGUUGAAAAAUAAAUUUUGUAUAUCACAAAAGACAAAAAAAAGCACGAAAAAACAAGCUAAUGUUAGAGUAUCAUAUAUAUCAGAUGAUCCAUCAUUAAUAUUAAAAAGUUGGCAAAAUCCAAAAGCCAAAAAUAAUAAAUACAAAGACUGGAAAAGAGAAAAUCAAUUAUCAGAAAUACGUCAAAAAAUUGAUGAUAAAUGGGAAUUUCCACGUCACAGAUUAAAAGUACUUGGAAUACUUGGUGAAGGUUGUUUUGGACAAGUAUGGAAAAGUGAAGCAAUUGAUAUUGAUGAUAAAAAAGGUACAUCAAUUGUUGCUGUUAAAACGCUAAAAGAAAAUGCAACUGAACGUGAACGUAUUGAUUUAGCACAAGAAUUAAAAGUCAUGAAAACAUUAGAGCCACAUCCAAAUGUUGUUAGAUUAAUUGGUUGUUGUACUGAACGUGAGCCAAUGUUUGUUAUUUUGGAGUAUGUCAGUGGUGGUAAACUACAAAGUUUUUUGCGUGAAUCAAGAGAAGAAAGAAAUCGUGGUGGUCCUGGUUUAACAUCAAGAGAUUUAACUGGUUUUGUUUAUCAGAUAUCAAAAGGAAUGGAAUAUUUAGCAUCAAAAGGAAUAAUCCAUCGUGAUUUAGCAGCAAGAAAUAUAUUAAUUGACAAUGAUCGUGGUUGUAAAGUUGCUGAUUUUGGUUUUGCACGUGAUAUUGCUGCAAAUGCAAUAUAUGAAAGAAAAUCAGAGGGACGUUUACCAAUAAGAUGGAUGGCACCAGAAAGUUUAUAUGAUAAUAUAUUUUCAGUUAAAUCAGAUAUAUGGAGUUUUGGUGUAUUAAUAUGGGAAAUAGUAACACUUGGAUCAACACCAUAUCCUGGUAUGGCUGCUGCUGAAGUUAUGAAAAAAAUUAAAGAAGGAUAUCGUUUAGAUAGACCAGAACAUUGUAAAAGAGAAUUAUAUAAUAUUAUGUAUUAUUGUUGGGAUAAAGAUCCAAAUUGUCGUCCAUUAUUUGGUGAACUUGUUGGUCUCACAGAAGGUUUACUACUUGAUGAAACUGAUUAUAUUGAACUUGAUAGAUUUCCUGAUCAUUCAUACUACAAUGUUCUUAAUUUAAGUGGUGAAAAAUUGUAAUAUUUUUUGUUGUUAUUAUUAAUAUUAAUUUUUUUAUUUAUAAUUUAAUUUUUUUUUUUUAUAAACUGUGUGAUUGUUGAUAGUAAUUUUUGUUUUGUUUUUUUUUUCUAUGAGAAACUGAUGAUGUUUUUGUGUAUUAUAAAAUGUUACCUGCCGAUAUAUUAUUUUUAAGCUUUUUUUAUUAUUAUUAAAUUAAUAUAAUAAUAUUAUUAUUGUUAUUACUAUUAUUAUUAUUACUGUAAUACUCUUUUUGUGCAAAGUCAUGCAAUUUUUUAUUUUUUAUGAUUUUUUUUUUAGAUACAUGUUUAUUGUAUUUAUUAAUUUAUCAACAUUUAUUGUCACUUGUAUUUAAUUAUAUAAAUAAAUAUUGUUUUUGA